CGCGCCGGGAUUCUAGACAGGGGCAGAAAUGAGGAGGAGGCGGCGGCGGCGGCGGGGGGAGGAUGUGAAAAUCUGGACUCUAGUCCUCCCAGCCUCAGAUACCGCAUUGGCCUGGCCAAGAAAUCCCCUACGGUAUUGUUGCCGUCACCGCUUACGGACGUGGACAGCAGUAAAAUCGCUGACCCUCCAGGCACCGUUAAGAAAGCGACCAAUAAUCAUGUUCUCAGCGGUGCUGCUGGUAGCUAUAAUGUCGACUCCAGGAUCUAUUCAGCUACUAAUAGCCUUCCCUCGGGUGGAAACACCUCCUCCCUUAGACUCAACCACUCCAAUCAUACGGGUUCAAAUCAUACCUACCUGAAAAACACUUAUAAGAAGAAUCUCUCCGAGCCCGAAGAGGAGCUUCUCCAACAGUUCAAAAGAGAGGAGGUAUCAACCACUGGAGGCUUCAGUGCACAUUACCUGUCCAUGUUCCUCUUAACUGCUGCAUGCUUGUUCUUUCUGAUACUGGGAUUCACAUACCUGAGAAUGAGAGGUUCUGGAGUAGCUGAGGAUGUGGGAAAAAUGAUGCCCAAUGAGCUCAGUGUUGAUGAAAGAAGUCUCAUGAUGAACAGCUUAUAUGCACUUCAUGAUAAAUUGGCACAAGUAGCAGGGGAACAUGAAUGUGGCAGCUCUGUUCAAAGAAAUCUUACCGUCCAGGAGGCAGCUGCAUAUUUAAAAAAUUUAGGUCCAGAAUAUGAAAGUGUACUUAACCAAGCAUUACAAUGGAUCUUGAAUAGUGGGGAAGAUGUUGGCAUAAAGUGUCUCAGCAGUGACCCUAAUGAGAUUGAUGUCACUAAUGUGACAGAUGUGAAGUAUCUGGAAUCCACUAGUCCAAAGAUGUCUUUCAGGUGUCGUUUUCGGCGUGCGUUUGUUAAUGUAACUCACAGAUUAUCAGUAUUGCUUUUGGGUAUAGCAAUGGUUUGGGGAGUCUUACACUACAUGAAAUACCGUUGGGCAAAGGAGGAAGAAGAAACAAGGCAGAUGUAUGAUAUGGUGGUAAAAAUCAUAGAUGUUCUAAGAAGUCACAGUGAAGCAUGUUCUGAAAAUAAAGACUUGCAGCCUUACAUGCCUAUUUUACACGUGCGUGAUUCGCUAAUACCACCUCACGACAGGAGGAAAAUGAGGAAAGUUUGGAAUAGAGCAGUUGACUUUCUUGCAGCAAACGAAUCUAGAGUUCGCACAGAGACGCGAAGAAUAGGUGGUGCCGAGUUCUUGGUUUGGAAAUGGAUGCAACCUUCUGCAGCAUGUGACAAAAUUUUAGUAAUACCAUCGAAAGUGUGGCAAGGCCAAGCUUUUCAUCUAGAUAGAAGAAAUUCACCACCAAACAGCUUGACACCAUGUCUAAAGAUUCGCAAUAUGUUUGAUCCAGUUAUGGAAAUAGGGGAUCACUGGCAUCUAGCAAUUCAAGAAGCAAUCUUGGAGAAAUGCAGUGAUAACGAUGGAAUUGUUCAUAUAGCUGUUGACAAAAAUUCACGUGAGGGUUGUGUGUACGUCAAGUGUCUCUCUCCAGAGUAUGCUGGAAAAGCUUUCAAGGCAUUACAUGGCUCUUGGUUUGAUGGAAAGCUGGUAACGGUAAAAUACCUGCGGCUAGAUCGAUAUCACCAUCGUUUUCCCCAGGCUCUUACUUGUAACACUCCACUGAAGCCAUCAAACAAACACAUGAACUCUAUGUCACAUCUGCGUCUUCGGACGGGCACAACUAAUUCUCAGGGAAGUUCCUGAGAAGACUUUCUACAACUGCUAGGACUGUUACUUGCAACAGGAAUCUUCCUGUUUGGCUGCCGUCUUCCUUUUUUAGUGCUUUUUGUAUGUAAUACUUUAAUGAAUUAAAUAAAAGUUUGAACGUUCCAGAAAUCUUGUUUCCAAAGGGACUUAGCAAUGAGGCAGUAAUACUGUGCUGACA